AUGCUGUCACUGGCGUCUCUUCUUAAUCCUGCCCCUCCGGGGCCACCAAUCAACCGAUUUCCUCCAAGCCCAGCCUCGUCGUCGUCUCCAACGGCUUCUCUACCAGAUGAGUCGGGCCUUCUAGAUGAGCCCAUCAUGGCUAAGCAGAGGAUACCGAAGGGCACAGCGACUCUACCUACGUGCAGGCCCAAGGGGAUCAUAAACUUCCCUCCGUAUCAGAGGCUUGACGAGACCUCGCUCCGCCAAGUUCGCAAAUUCCAAGUCCAUCCCUUCGGGAACAUACAGGAUCACUCUCGUCACAUUCCAUAUAACAGCACGAAGAAGGAUUUCUUCGAGAAGACUAGUCGAGAGAGCUUCGAAGUCUUCCAGUAUGAUUUCAAAGUCCCCGGAGACGAGGCCGAGUAUACCGUGAUGUGGGACUACAACGUCGGUCUCGUCCGCAUGACCCCCUUUUUCAAAUGCUGUAAAUAUCCCAAGACGACCCCAGCUAAGAUGUUAAACCUAAAUCCCGGGCUGAAGGAAAUCACGCAUAGUAUUACCGGAGGUUCUAUCAUGGCUCAAGGCUAUUGGAUGCCAUAUUCCUGUGCUAAGGCUGUCUGCGCAACCUUCUGUCACAAUAUAGCAGGGGCCUUAAUUCCUAUAUUCGGCCCCGACUUCCCUUCACUCUGCACACCCUCAGAGGCGCCGGAAUACAGUCGCAUGAUCAUCGAUCAUGCGAUCGUGGUCCAAGCAACCAGGGAGGCGGAACACUUUCGUCGGUUGUAUACCAAUUCGAUUACUUCCUCUGCCAGCGGUGGAGGUAGAGUCAGCCCGAUAAGAGAUCGACGGCCCUUAUUCCGGAGCCCCUAUGACGACCCGAGACAAAGUCAUCAUCACUAUCGCCGUCAUCCGAUACGGAAACCUUUCGCAGUACCCACCGGUUGCGACAGUCCGUAUGCGACAGAUACAGACAGUGACAUGUCCCCUAUAGGCCCGGAGCGAGGCAGCAUGGUUCAUCGUGACCGCUUCCCGUUCUCGCCGAUGGCACCACCGCCGCCGCCGCCGCCGCCAGCAGCUCCAAUAACUCCCUCCCUCCGUCCAACAAGCAGCGGUUGGACACCAGCAAACGUAGUGCUGCCACACCAUUACGAAGCACCCGGACCAAGCCCCUGGCUAAGCGCCGUCCCGCGCUUCACAACAACGGCCCACCUACCCCCUUAUCCGUCCCCGCAUCCUCACCCACAAACCCAACCCCAGCCAUGGCGAGGGGGGAGCAAAAGAUCAGCCGACCACGUCGAGACGGAUUAUGAAUACGAAAACAACCGCGAACGAGGAAUAGGCGGCGAAAGUAGCCGGAGGCCGACGGCGACGACGGCGACGAGUCCGCCUAAGGUAGCAGACCCGGCGAGCCGCGACGAAGAUAGCAAUGACAAGAACAAGAACAAGCUAACGACAGAUCCGACAGCAGUUCUCGGAGCGGACAAGAACGCGGCGUUGCUCCUGAUGAAUCUCAGUGUUAGGGACUCGCGAGGAAUUAAGGGCAGCGGCGCGGGCGUGACGUCUGAGACGAACUCGCCGCGCGACGGGGAAUUUCCGAGGAUCAAAAGAAUUAGGGCUAAUUCGUUGUAG